AUGGCACCCUCCGCGACCGAAAGAGCGCAAGCCAAGUUCUUUGCUGUCCUCGAGGAUCCUCGACGUUAUGACUCGUCAAACUCCAAGAACAGGGUUAUGAUAACGCGAACACCUUCCAGCGGUUCCGAUUUGACCAAUAACAUGAUUGGUCGCCGAGGCAGCGCGGGUAGUCAAGGUUCUGCCUCCGAUCAACAUCAUCUUCGAAAUAGACUCAAGAACUGGCUUUAUCCUGGAGCGGUCUGA